AUGACUGAAAUUGGCCAGUCUAUUCCGGAUGAUAUUGACAUGUACCAUGACAAAAAUGAUACUAAAUAUACUAUGGAGUCUAUGGAGCUUGAUAAUACUAUUUCAUAUAAGUGCACAUGUAAUUUUGAGGACAGUGAGGGUGAAGCUCACAUUUAUGACAGCAGCCAAAUCAGUACAAAUACUUUUACCAAGGCCGAGUUGAUGAGUAUUCAUCUGUCUCAAUUGAUGCUACAGCAUAGAAUUGCUAAAGCAGCAUAUAGAGACCUUGUUCGAUUUAUAAACACUGUUAUCCGAGACCAUAAUGAUAUAAUGAUAGAACCUGGAGCUAAGAUCAGUCAUGGCAAAACUGUUGAUACUUUGCUCAAGUCAAAGUCAAGUGUCAAGGGCCAUGAGUAUGAUGUCUGCUCUAGUGGUUGUCAAUUGUAUGGCAUUAAUGACAACCAGGAAUCUUGUGUUGACUGUGGCAAACCGCGAUACAAGACUGAUCCCAAUCAAAGUCAGACACCAGCUGCCAGUAUGAAACUUUUGUCAGUCGGGAAUAUGCUUUCUCAAAUGUUGGCAGAUCCAGCCACAAGAGAACUCCUCUGUUACAGAGCAAACCAGGAAUCUGUAGCUGGUCAGCUAACCAACAUUUUGGAUGGUGACAAUUACAAGCAGUUGGUGCAGCAGGGCCUGUUCUCCAAUCCCAAUGUUAUUGCCAUUAGGCUUUAUACUGAUAGACCCAUUCAUCAGCCAACUCAUUUGGACUCCUUUCUUAUACCUAUCAUCAAUGAAUUGCGAGAUCUUGAGGCGCAUGGCUUGGUUGUCAAGCACAAUGGAGUGGAGUUUUGCAGAUCCAAGGUCUAUCUGAUGCUUGCUUCUGGCAAUAUUCCAGCUGUAGCUGAUAUGGCCCACAUUGGUUCCCAUACAAGUUUAUUUAGUUAUUGUUUUUGUGAGACUAAAGGCAAAUGCCCUACUAACAGACGGCAUGGCAUGUACUUUGAUGACAUUUCCGCCCGGUUAAGACCUUUUGGAGACUUCAAAGUAGGCAACCCUCCGAGCAUAUAUAUCCAACUCUCAACCUUCUCUGGAUCAUCAUUUUUUGCAUUAGAUGAACUUCAUUUAAUUACAAGAGGGAUUGGAAAGCUUGUGUAUGACCUGAUUACCGUCACCCUCACAAAGGAAACCAAAUUUUAUUAUACCCAUCCAGACAAUACCCUCAAUACUACCGAAUACCCUUUUCAUAUACCAAGAGCAGACCUUGUAACAAUUGGAAACUGUAUCACCAGCUCACGAAAAUAUAUACCCACCUCAUUUCAAGGCAGUUUUGAUAAUGUAUUUGCCAAGAUCGAUGGUAUUCGCGCAGUUGACUGGCUUGACUUUCUCUUAUACCUUGUCCCCACUUUGGUUGUGCCUUAUUUAUCAAAUAGGGCUGUCAAAACAGCUCUAUUAUCUCUCACGUUGACAUCAGAAUUGCUUGAUGAGAUGGAGUCAUACUUCAAGCACUGGCACUCGUUUUUAUACCAACAAGUCCAGAAUAAUACCCUGUCUCAUAGUGUUUUCCGACCAGUGCAACAUUACCUGGUCCAUAUACCCUAUAUCAUCAAGCAGCAAGGCCCCCUGCGAUGCUACUCCACUCGCUCAAUAGAGAGAGUUAUUGGUGUCUUCUCGAAAUUGAUAAAGUCCAAAUCAAAGGGUGGCCAAAACGCCAGUUUUCUCGUCAAGCAAUUUGCGAUUCACAAUUAUACCAGCACGGCAAUCAGCAUCUGUGAUGAAGUCAACCUCAUUCGGCCAAAGCCAUAUGGAAGAGAGAGCUACAUGGACCUUCCUAAUGAUCCUAGUGGUGCGCAGUUGUGGGAGCUGUUUCAUCAGUUGGUUAAUUUGAAUGAUGAUUCGGUGGAAGGUGUAGGCAGCCCUAGUGUGAAGGAAGCUUUAUCGAAAUAUUACCAGAGAACAACAGGCUUGACUGGCCACGAGUUUGGUGACUCUGUUGUUGUUGUAGCUACACAUCUCAACCGUAAUGUAAUUGUUCACAGCUGGCUCGUCGGUACAGUACAGUUCUACUUUCAGCAUGUAGAUUUCCAUGGCUUUCCACACUUUCUUGCUUUCGUGGAGGUCAUGAAGGAACAUGACGCAGCUGACCAUGACUCAUCAGUACCUAUCGUCAAACAAUGGUCACAAAGCACCUGUACACUAGGCCACCAAACACAACCAACAUAUGCAGUUAUAAGUGUAAAUGUCAUUUGUCAUCAAGUUGGUCUGGUCCAAUACCCACCGAAUGGAAACCAGUUUUAUGUAAUCGCACCCUAUUAUAUCUUUAACAACAACAUGUGCAUUACUAAAGGCAAUCUUUCCAUUCUGUAA